AUGACGGUCAACGUACCACCACAACCCAAGGAUACGCAGGCUGCCCGCAAACGUCGCAGACGGGCACCUGCUGGAGGAGCUGCAGACGACUGCUUCGCCUGCAUCAAGAGGAACGCAAAGUGCGAUCGGCGGCGGCCGUACUGCUCCCAGUGCCUCGAGGUCGGGAACGAGUGCUCGGGCUACAAGACGCAGUUGACGUGGGGAGUGGGUGUUGCGAGUCGCGGCAAGCUUCGUGGUCUCUCCCUACCCAUAGCAAAGUCACCACCCGUUGCUGUUGCUCCCGUUGGCAAGAAGACGGUCUCUCGAUCAAAAGCAAAUUCGAGCGCCAUAUCCCACUGGGGCGAUCACGAUGAGGGGUCUCGGCGGGGUCACCGGGACGAUGUCGAGAUUCACUCUGUCCCGACGACACCAUUCGCGACAUACAACGAGUUCCCUCGGUUUUCCCAGGGCGAGAUGACACCGGCAGCGACGUCGACACGGUGGAAUCCGUAUGGCACAAGCUUGUCGGCCCAUCAUGACCAUCCCCCGAAAAUACACAGACUCAACACGUCCUUGGGCCACUUUCCUGUGCUUGGGGAUGCGCUCUCCUCCUCGGUCGACUCGCUUAGUGACGUCGAGUAUACAUUGUCGCCCAUGACCCAUUCCUUUCCCAGGGAGGACCUCCCUUUUAUGCACAGCCCGAGUCUCAUGUAUGAAAGCUAUACUGGCCACAACUCCCCUGUCCCGCAAAGUCCUGCGUCUGCCAUCAUGAUCGACCAGCGAGCGCCGACGUCAUGUCCCGGCCUGAUAUAUGCGCCGUCAGAGCAUGGCUCGAGCCUCAGCUCUCGCCAAGAUGUCUUCGAAUCUCAGAUUCCUGGGCCUAGGCUGCUUGCAGACUGCGACACUCUCAGUGUGCCGGAUGGCGACUCGUACAGCACGAGCCCGAACUCCACCAGCCCCUACUGGAUGCCUUCCGUCCCGAGAGACGACGACGCCACCCCGCAUGUGCUGGAUCAAGCUGCAAGCGCGCCGUCUGCGCCUUAUGAAGGGCACUCAUUACAAGUUAGCUCCGAUCUCAUUGCUAAGAUGCCCUUCUUUAUGGACUACUACGAGAACAUCAUGUGUCCGUCCAUGGUUCUCAUCGACGGUCCCAACAAUCCUUUCAGGGAUCACAUCCUGCGACUGGCCUCCAGUAGUCGCAGUCUGCAGCAUGCCAUCUGCGCCCUGUCCGCCUGUAAUUUGAGGAUGAAAAGAAGACUGAGCCUCGGGCAACACAACAGAGAUUCACCCGAAAUUUUCAAGUCUGAGCAGGCGGAAGCUCAGCCCGACGAUCUUCCCCUAUCGGAAGAGUAUCAGCACCGCAACCUUGCUGUUCACCUCCUGAACCAGCAACUCAACGACCCCGCCAAAUCCUGCCACGACUCAGUCUUGGCCACCAUACUUCUCCUGUCUCACUACCGCAUGGUUGAGUCUGGAGUUGCCAAAUUCCAGACUCAGUUUGCCGGCGUCAAGAAAAUUCUUGCCAUGCGGGAUUCCGCUCCGUAUCAAGCUUCCAGCGAGUCUUCGUGGAUGGAAGCCAUUUUCACCUACUUUGACGCAAUAUCAGCUAGCAUCAAUGAUCGAGAAGCUCAGUUGAACCACUCAUUCUACGGCGUAUCGGGUGAUGCACACCUGCUUCCGCCAGGGGCUGAGAACUGGAUCGGAUGCGACAGAGAAUUAUUCAAGACAAUUACCAAACUUGGGCGCUUGAACCUUCUCUCUCAGCUUCGGCCGGUGCAGAGCGCCGUACCCACUCCCGCUGGGCGAGUCGGAACUCCACCCUCAUCAUCCCCGCUGAAGUCGCCGUUGGCAAAUUCGUUCCAACCGAACUCGCGGCUUGGUGAUUUCUUCAGCAUGGCGCAUCGGUUCGAUGGCAAUGGUUUCGCGACACAGCUGGAUGAAGAAGAGAUGUUUUCCUCUGGGCUUUGCUCCUCGCCGUCUUACGAUGAUCACCGCUCAACGUUUUGGCGGGAAUGGAAAGACGCCCGGAUGGCCCUACAGAACUGGGAAUUUGAGCCUCAACGGCUGCUGGCGUCAUUGCCCACCAACUCCACGUCCAAUGAGAUCCGUGACCUCGGAUCUCUCUCAGAGGCGUUUCGUUACGCAGCACUGCUGUACACGGAACGUCUCGCAUCACCCAAUGUCUCCUCGAAUCACAACAAUUUCCGCAACCUGGUGAGCCAGGUAGUCUACUACGCCACUUCACUUGAAGCUGGCAGCAGCGCCGAGAAAUUUCUCCUGUGGCCGUUGUUCGUUGCCGGGAGCGAGUGUGUGAACGAGCUGCAACAGAACAUUGUGCGCAACAAAUGCCACGAGAUUAUGUCCAGGUCCGGUUACAUGAACAACUUAUCGGCCAUUGAAGUGCUUGAGCGCCUGUGGGCUGGCGAGUACCGCGACAGUUUCGAGAUGAGCCCCGGCAGCAAGCUGAGUCUGCGGCGAGGCCCAUUCAACUGGACGAAAUGUAUUGGAGGGCCUGGCAUUGAUGUGGAGUGGAUCAUGUUUUGA